GAAGAUUCGAAACAACGUAAAACGGGGGGAUCGAAGAGAGGCGGAGGCGAAGGCGAAGGCGAAGGCAAGGUGGAGUGGAACGAAAGCGGGAAGGCAGAGAGAGAGAGAGAGAGAGAGAGAGAGAGAAUGGGGUGGAUCGGGGACGGCGUGGAGUCCAUCCGGUCUCUCGAGAUCAGGCAUGCCCUCACGCAAAUCGUUACCCUCGGGACGAUUGGUACUAUGGCGCUGAUUAUAUGGAAGGUCUUGAUAUGUGUUACCGGGAGCGAAUCGCCUGUGGUGGUUGUUCUAUCUGAAAGCAUGGAGCCGGGAUUUAAGAGGGGUGAUAUUCUAUUCUUGCACAUGAGUAAGGAUCCUAUUCGUUCUGGAGAGAUAGUUGUGUUUCAUGUUGAUGGACGUGAAAUUCCAAUUGUUCAUCGUGUAAUCAAGGUCCAUGAGCGACAGGACACAGGAGAGGUUAAUAUUCUAACAAAAGGUGAUAAUAAUUUAAUAGAUGACAGACCUCUUUACGCUCAAGGUCAGCUCUGGCUUCAGCAGCAUCACAUCAUGGGCCGAGCUGUAGGGUUUCUCCCAUAUGUUGGCUGGGUGACCAUUAUUAUGACUGAAAAACCGAUCCUCAAGUACUUGCUCAUCGGUGCUCUGGGAUUGCUCUUUAUAACCUCCAAGGAGUAGAGAUUCUGCGACAUUGUAGUAAAUUUUUGAAAGAAAAAGAAGGAAAAAUGACCCACAUAUACUGUAAGAGUGGCGUUGCCAGUUCUUUAAUGAAAAAUAAGUAGCGAGACAAUUCAAGUUUUUUAUA